ACACAGAGAAGACACAGAGGAGACACACAGAAGACACAGAGGAGACACAGAGGAGACACAGAGGAGACACAGAGGAGACACACAGAAGACACAGAGGAGACACACAGAAGACACAGACCACGGAGACUCUUCAUCAGCUGUUAAACCAUUCUGAAUGUUCACGGGUUUAUGUUGUUUUAUAUCACUGGGAGUCUGUCAAAUUGCUUAAUUUCAGCUUCUGUUUUUUUUUUUUUUUUUUUGUCGUUUUAAAUGUUUACAUCUUAUUUGACCAAAAAAUACAAAAGCAUAUCCUGAAGCUUGUCCUGGUGUUUCUGCACUCUCAUACACCAAACGAUCAUUUAAGAUUCUGACCAUCACACGUCAUGCACUUUUUAUCUGUCAAUUCUGAGAGAAAAAGUAAAACCGCAACAGACAGACAACAAACCAUUUUUAAUAUAUAGACUAAACUAUAUUAUAUAUAUUUUUCUCUGAUUUUUGACUUUUACAUCUUGCAAUUAUUUUAAUGUAUUUAAAUUGUUUUACCUUGCAAUACUGACAUUUAAGAAAAAUUAUUGAAAUACAAUUGUGAGAAAUAAACUAUGUAAAUAAUUUGGAGAAAAAGGUCAUAAUCACAAGAUGUUGAACAUAUUUAGAGUUUACUGAAUUCAGUUUUUUUUCCACUGCGUGAUUAAAAAUAGUAAAAAAAUUGUUUUUUUUCUAUUCUGAGGGGAAUAAAAUUGCAAGAUAUAAAUGUACAAUUUAAAAAUAAAUAAAUAUAUAUAUAUAACCUGAGAAUUAUGUAAUUUUCCUCAUAAUUCAGUCUUCUUGCAAUUGUUUCUAAUUUUUCUGCCACAAAGUAAAAAAUAAAAAAAUCUUUUUUAGCUCAGUUUUAAUGAAGUUCACAGGUUUAGAGACUUACAUCGACCAUUUAACCGAAUUAAUCGAAUGACUUGAUUGUAAAGUUUAUGCAUUUUUCUUUGCAGCUGUAUAGUUGGGUUCUUAAUGCACGGCGGGAAAAAAUGAGAGUUGUUAAUAUUUCCGACGAACUCCUCUAGAAAUGCUCCUUAUGGUCGAACAAACCCAUCUCUUGAAAGUUUAUACGAAUUACAGGCCAAAUAAAAACAAAAACUGGAAUGAGGAAACUUAUGAGGAAGAUGCGUGUUAUAUUGACUCCAAACACGUGCGUGUCAUAUACACGUCACAGCCCGGUUUUUUGUGUUUUGAUGUGUCGUACUACAUGCACGCGUCUCCACGAGCCCCGCCCCUCUCUCUCUUAUAAGUCAGAGAUCCGAGGAGUUUCUGGCGAGUCUGUGGCGCGAGGAGCUGAGGUCCGGCAUGCGACCGCGAGGAUGAUGCCGCUGACGCUCGUCUGCGCGAUGCUGUGCGUCUCCGCGUGCGUCGCGUCGUGUCCGCCGCGCUGCGAGUGUUCCGAGGGGACCGUGCGCUGCGCGUCUGCCGCUCUCCGGCGCGUCCCCGCCGCGAUCCCGCGCGACGCCAGCAGCCUCAUCAUCACCGGCAACGCCAUCCACAGACUCGAACCCAGCGCCUUCGGGGGACCGCAGAACGCCACACUCCUGAACCUGAGCGACAACGGCAUCAUGGAGAUUGGCUCGCAUGCGUUCUCGUCUCUGCUCACGCUGCGCUCUCUAAUCCUGAACAACAACCGCCUGGUUCUGAUCCACCCCGAGGCGUUCUCGGUGCCCGGGAGCCCUCUGCAGGAGCUCAGCCUGCGCUCGUCGCUCUACAACCACACGUCCCUGACGGACCUCAUCACCGCCCUGCGCUGGGGAGAGCUGGCCAACCUGCUGCGUCUCGAUCUGUCGGGAAACCGCCUGGUCCUCCUGCCCCCGGCCAUGUUCACACCCCUCCCCAGCCUGCAGCGCCUGCACCUGCGCAACAACUCUCUGGUGGCCGUCUACAACAGCACCUUCUCCGGCGUGGAGCGGCUCCUGGAGCUGGACCUGAGCGGAAACGCCUUCAGAACUAUCAGCGACGAGGGUUUGCGGGAACUGGAGCGGCUCGUCCGCGCGCGCUUGCUCCUGGGACAGAACCCGUACGCGUGCACUUGCGAAGCGCAGGAGUUGGCGAGCUGGCUGAACGGUUCGAAGGUCAGGGUGGGCGACGCGGACAGGCUGUUCUGCGAAUCCCCCGCUUCUCUUCGCGGCGUCUCUUUGCGGGGGAUCGGUGCGCAGGCAUUGGGGUGUUACGGUAAUGUUCGCGAAGAGAUCACAGACUUGUCCAUACAGACGUCCUACGUUUUCCUCGGAUUAGUGCUGGGAUUCGUAGGCAUGGUCUUCCUCUUUGUCGUCUACCUCAAUCGGAAGGGUAUCAAGAAGUGGAUCACGGACAUUCACGAAGCCUGUCGAGACGUGCUGGAGGGGUAUCAUUACCGCUACGAAAUCGACUCCGAUCCACGGCUGGGGCGCGUUUCUCACGGUCAGCAGGGUCGGCCGCGGAUGGACCCUCGCUUGGCGCACAUCUCUACUAGCGCCCGUAUCACGCAGAUCCCGUCCGACGUGACUCUAUAAAGAUCUUUGCGCACUGAGUCCGGAACUCUUGUCGCUAUUUGACUCAGGUUGAUUUUUUCCCUGCGUUUUCCGUUUCUUGGCAAGCGUUUUGAUAGAAAAAAACUAAAACGCAUAUGAAAAUGUGGGACUCCGUGUGCAAGGACCUUAACUCUGUAGAAUUGUCUGUAGAGAUGACGUCCUCAUAUUUUAGCUUUUAGCAAAGUGCUUAAUGUUUUCUAGAUAGACCGAAUGAAUGAAACCAUUAGCGGGUGGCAGAUACAGUCAAACCAAAAAUCAUUUAGGCAGCACAUAUGAUAUUUUCUUGCAGAAUAAAGUGAACCGUGAUGUAUUAUACCCAAACAUUCUUCAUACAGUAAAACGUGAGCAUGUUUUGUUUCAGUGUUUUUUUUACACCCCGGAGUGAACUAAACCAAGCACUGCUCGGGAACUGGUCGAGCUAAACCCGUAUUAAUUAAUUAAUCGUGUUCUUAAACUUAAAAGCUGAAUAUUUUUGGUUGAUUGCAAUCCAUACCCUUCAAAGUAUUCAAGUUAUCAUUAUCAAGGUCAGUUUGUUCUGACACAGUCACGUUUUGUAAACCACAGCGAAUAAACGGUGUCCAUGUGAGAUGUUGAAGGUGUCUGAAUGCGCUUUGGUUUGACCGUAUCAUUAAUUAGAAACUCGUUAACUGAUGCAAUGCCAAUAAAUGCAUGAUAUACGCUCA